ACAAACGUAGAAGGGCGGCAGGCAAUUUAGGUCGGGCACUUAAAUCGGCGGUGUAGACGAAAGGAAAGGAACAGCAGUUAGAUUACACCGACGUCGUCUCUUCCUUCCAUGCACGCGCCUAGGGGCGGGGCUUAUUGGCUGCUUCCGGAGCGCGCGCGCACCCUUCCAGUCCCCCCCCAACCCCUGUGAAAUGUCUACUCUGAGAGUUCAACCCCUGAAAUCGUAGCUCUUACUCGUCGUAGGGCGGGGUGGGGGGAGUUCCGCGUGCACCCGAGUCCUUCAUUUUGUUACCCCAAUUUUCCUUCCGCUCCUGCUUGUGAACAUUGUAUCGAAACAUGUCCUGGUUUAUGCUAGCCUUAAUGAGAUAUAGUUCAGUUUGGCUUAAUGUGUUGUAUGGGAAUCCCAGCAAAUGUAGUUUGAUAAGUUGUGAUCGGCCACGGCUUAGCAUGCUGUGUGAACCAGCCAAUGUCCUUUAGUGAGAGCUUUGCAGCUUCUUUAGCGGUAUAAUCAUUCCUAACCGUUGGUUCUAGAUUGCGCGAACAUGUGAAAAAAAUUGCUGUGUUCGCAAUGGCCGAGUUAAUUAUUUGUUGAAUAGGCAGAGUUGAACACCAGGCUAACCUGUAACCAUGAUUUCACCCAAAUACUAAAAUCAACUCACUUGUGUUGGUUUCAUAGAAUCACAGAGUUAGAAGUAGCCAUUUAUGUUUUUGAGUCUACCUUUCUGCUCAGCACAGGAACAGAUUAACUAUUUGAAUAGGCCAUAUAAAAUAGCUGUACCUAAGAUUUGGCAUAUUAAUAGAGGCUUAUGUAAUUAAGCUCUUAUCAUAAACACCCCAAUACAGACCUUUACCUAGAAAUUGAUAUAAUAUUGAAAAGAGUUUAAGCCUGGCCUCUUUCCACCCCAUUUAAGGAUCCCAUUCCACUUCCUAAAUCCUCUAAAGAUCUCUCUAAAUCAGUCCUUACUUUGCCCACUUUUGUAAAAUGUGUUUGAAUGUAUCAUAUAAAAUUUGAUGUCACUCCCAGACCAAGAAAUUUCAGUUGUCAUCUAUGUGAUUCAUUUUUAAUCUAGGAUACCCAAGUUUGCUAUUAGGAAAACAUCUGUAAAUGUUUUUGACAUUCGUCUGCUUUAUUAUUGUGAGUUGCAAUUUAAAGGAGUGUUUUCCAAGAUACAAUUUCUAUUCUAAACCACUUGUUUCUGGAAACAUGAAUGGCUGCUGUAUUAAUGUUGGGGUUUUUUAUAGAUAAUCUUGAAAAAAUAGUGCUUUCCCCACCCAUUCUCUAUUUAUGUCUAGUUACUUACAUGUUUACAAAUUUUAUUAAAUUUACUCUGGGAUAGGGAAGCAGAUUUGAUAAAUUAUGAUUGAAUGCCAACUUUGCGUCUGUCAUCAUUGUAUUAUGAAAUGAGAUAUUAUGACCAAAACUCAUAUAGGAUGUAAUUGUAGUACAUAUGUCUGUUUAAAAGUUACUGUGCUCCAAUCACAUUAAAGGAGGACACAAGAAUCUAACGGGCAUAUUGAUAAGAGGCACUGAAUGGUUCUGUCUCCUGUAAGUUACCUCUCCCUAUUUCAUCUGAUUUCAAAGUCCAAUGAUGUAGAAGAGAGUUCAGACAACAGGGUGAAGAAAUGUUUGAUCAUGAUAAGCAAGCUGAUGAAGCCAGUGCUAGUUCACCACAAGGUAUGGAAAGGAAAGUUAAUGAAGGUUCCUUAUGGCAGGAUAGCAAUACUAGUUUAAAUAAACAAGGAUUAGAGCUGUCAAAGACUGGACUACCUGUUAUGCAGAACAGACAAGGUUAUUGCAACUGUUGCCAUGCGCCCUACAGCAAUCUUGAACAGCAUGUAUAUAGUUCCCAGCACAGACAUUUUGUCAGUUACUGUAGGAAUCGCAUGGGUACAAGUAGCUUGAUGGAGCGUUUCCUGCAAGAUGUUCUGCAACAUCAUCCCUACAGAUACCACGACAACAGACCAACUUAUGAUGACAUGCCAUUCAACUCCCAGCUUCUUGCAAAAGAUGGGGCUGCUGUUUCAGUGGACGUCAAAGAGAAGGGGAGAGAAACGAGCAGGGUGGAAAAUCCAAACAUCGAGAGUGGAUUCAUGGCUGAAUCAGGCUGCCUUAUUUCCCAGAGCCAUGAAAAGCAGAAGAAGGCUUCUGUGAAACUUCUACCUAUCCAGACUCUAGGAAAAGGACAACAACCCCAACUAGGAACUUCACAACGAAAUCUGGACACUUCCAGUAAUAUAAAUAAUCUUGGUCCAACAAGUCUUUUGACUGAAAAUAAUAGUCAGAAAGCCUCAUUUACAGCUAGGGAUGUUUUACCCCAUCCAUUACCUAUUGGUGAGGUGCCAUCCACUCCUCACAGACUUGCACAAAAUGUUAGUUAUCCAGUAAGAGCAGAUUUAGUUUCAGAUGACGUAUGUGAGCAGGCUACCCAAGAUAUAUGCAAUCAAGAUGGAUUUUUGAAUUCAAACAAAAACUUUGUUUUACAGCCAGUCCUGUCAAAAACUGUUUCACAUUUUCAUGAGAGUCCUGUCUAUAAUAAAGGGAACUCUUUAAUCUCAGGUCAACUAUUUUUAAAACAAGAUGACUUAGAAACUCAGGAUAAAACUCGGAUUAAUGUCUGUCUCAGGAAUGCUAGAAAACCUGUGGGCACAAGCAAUUCCCUGACUUUUCAAGCAGCUCCCCAACUACCAAGACAAAAAGAACAUUUGUGCAGAAGUACUGAAAGUUCUAUAAAUGAAAUAAUUGAACAGGUCAUUUUGAAAUACUGCUAUGAACCUCUUCCCAAAGAGUUGCCUUGCAGAGAAGAAGAUACAAGUUCCUGUGUAAAUAUUCUGUCACUUUUGGAUCACAGUAGUCUGCAUGGUUCAGAUAUGAGUUUUGAUUGCGAUGCAGCUGUAGAUUCACAAGCAAACCUGUCCAAGUUAGCUGCUAAAAAUCUAGAACUGCUCAAAGAAGUUAAAGUAAAUCUACAAGAUGAAAACUAUGGCAUCCAACUCAGUUCCAUUUUUAAAAAUGUUUCAGUGCAACAAAUAGCAGAAGCAGAAAAUGAUAUUUCAAUCCAAAAUAAAGAACCAGUUCUUCCAGCUCUGCCUCAUGUGCCUCCUUCCUUUGUAGGAAAAACCUGGUCUCAGAUCAUGUACGAAGAUGAUAUAAAAAUUGAAGCACUUGUGCGGGAUUUUAGAGAAGGCCGCUUCCGCUGCCAUUUUGAUCCUGAGCCCUUGGCUCAUCGUACACCGAGAAAAAAACCUCAAAAGAAUGAUGAGAGGAUCAAUGCAGUUGCACCUAGCAAAACAGAGGCUGGGCCAGCUAAAGGGCUUCCCGAUUUUACUGACGGGCUAAGUGAUGGCCCUGACUUCAGCAACUUAUCUGCAACUUCAGAAGUACAUGUUCCAAAGCCCCCGAAAAAUCCCCAAAAAAGAGUUUGCCGCCUUGCCUCAAGAUGCCAAGUAGUCAAGGUUAGCCAUGGCACACAAACAAGUUUAAUACAGUAUCCAAUAGUAAAGCAAAAAAUAAUUAGGAAAGACAAUCAGCUACAAGAUCAGAUGGCUAACCUCCUUUGGUCAGAGAAUGAGAAAACGCCUACCAUGAAAACAAGGCUAUGCGCUCUUAAGCUUCCUGAAUCAUAUACCAAAAUCAUGAGCCCUUUACAGCCACAAACACUAGUUUAUGUUCUUUCAUGUCCAGAGAUGAAACAAUUUAGGAACAAGGCUGAAGAGGUUCCCAAAAUUAAAAGUCAUAAUUCCACAGCUAGUAAAGAUUCUGUAAGGUACAAGUACAAACCAACUUCUAUUAAGUACUACGAUCCUCUGACAAAUAGGAUUUUAAAAACACCUCCGAAAUGCUUAGCCAGGGGGAAAACAAAGAAGCCUGCACACGUUCGACAGCUAUUCAGGAACCUCAACUUUGAUGGAAACAGGAAGAAACAAGCUGAUAUCCAGUAUAUAUCGAAGCCCUUCAAUUCACCAGACAACUGUGCGGCCUCUCUCUUGCUUGACCCUGUUAAGGAGAAUAGUAUGAAUUCAGAUCAUAAGACAGAGGACCCUUGUGUUUCAUCUGAAAGAUCAGAAUGCUUGAUGUAUAAUUGUUCAGAGAAAUGCGGUAAACACUUAUUUAUUUCACAUCAAUCACAGCAGGAAGGUGACUUUCAAUUCAAUCCAUUUAAGAGGAAAGGAGUCAAAUGUCCCUUAAAGUCCCAUACUGCUGAUUGUUUGGAAAGGGACAAUCCAAAGAAAAUAUGGCAGAGAAAAAAAAUCAAUAGUAGAGAAUCAGGAUUUCCGAAAGAAACUUCAGAGCUAAUUUUUAUCAAACAUGACCUUGUUAAGAAAGGCAGUAGGAAACAACCACCCAGAAGUACAACUCGGCAAAUAGAAGGAAAGUUUAAAAAAAAAUCUUGUACCCUUAAAUCAUCUAUUCUCAGGCAUCACUCAAAGAACACUGCCAUAAAGCAUCUUCAGAAAGAAAAGGCUGAUAUUAAAAAGCUGACAGUGUCAAGGAAGUCAAAAAGAACAUUUUUGAACACUGCAGCUGCAAUGAGUGUUCCAGAAAAUAGGCAGAGAGCCACUGUAAGAACUUCCAAAGUAAAGACAUGGCGAGUGACCAGAGACAAGAAUCUUUUUUGCACUGUGAAAUAAUGUUGCUCAGAUCAUAUAAACCUGCUUUGGGAUUGUCUUUAAGAGGGCUGGAAAGGGAGAAAAAAGUAGGAGUGGCUUCUCAAGAUAAUACAUCAGAAUUAGAAAUGGAACAAUUUUAAGGUCCAACGGUAAGCUAAUAGGUCAGGAAAUAGUUCAUAUUGCUGCUUUGUAAGUGUUCUGCACAGUACAUGUUGAGUUAAAACUAUUUUUUAAGCAGUAAAAGCCCAGUUUUGCAGCUUGGUAUAUAUUUUUCUCAAGCAGAGCAUUAUUUUCCCUUGUAAAACUAGUGUCAGUUAUUGAAAAAGUUUACCUUUUACGUGAAGCUCAGCUUUGAUAUCUUGUUGGUAAACUAAGCAAUGCCAAAACUCAUUCCACAGCAGUGUGGAACCAAAUGGGCACUCCUGCUGUUUGUUAAGAUUGUCAGUUUCCCCUUAACUUCCCUGUAGAAUCUUUUGAUUGUUUAGAGCCAAUUUUUUCGGAAAUUGCACAUGGAAUUUUAAAAUGUAUGCAUUGGAUUUGAAGAAGUAACCUUACCUGGAAUCCAAAUGUGGAUAUCACGCAGUGAUUGUAUUUUAAAUUCAGAUCACAAAUACAAAAUCAUCCUGCCUAUAUGUGUUACCUUCUCAAAACUAUCGGAUGUCCUAGAAUGAAGCUGCUAUUGAAAAAUGUUUUUUCUUUUUCUUUUGAUUUUUUUUAUUUUUUCUGGAAGAAUGAUUGAUUUUUUAGGAUCAUACAGAAUGAUUAAUCAAGACUGCUGCGUGUAAGCAAUAUUUCUACCCUUAAUCUGCCCUUAAAAUGCAUUACUACCUAGUUUCAUCUCACAGUAUAGUUGUGAAAGCAUUUUAAAGUAAUUUCAAUUAGUAAACAAGUUUCUGAAAAAUGCUACUUCAUGUUUAAAAUAGAUUUCCAACUUGAAUUUUUAAAAAGGUAACUACAUAAUAUUACUUUAUUUUGGCUUGCAUUAAUAUUUUUGUUAAAAACAUUUUUCUAACAAUAUAUUCUAAGACAUAUGUUACUCUUAAAUACAGGUAAUUCUUGACUUACAACAAUUUGUUUAGUGACCGUUUAAAGUUAUAAUAGCAUUGAAAAAGUGACUUAUGACCAUUUUUCACAGUUAAAACCUUUGCAGCAUCCUCAUGAUCAAAA